AUGCCGCCUAAAAAGGGAAAAGGUAAAGGUAAGGAGCCUCCUCCUCCCCCUGCAAAAGCAACUGGCCCACCACCUAAACCAAAAAAGCCACCCCCACCGCCAGCCUGCUUUGGUCCAGAUGAUUUAGCAAAGUUUAAAGAACUGUUUAAAGCUAUGGAUGAAGAAAAUAUUGAGAAGGUAAAGAUCGAACAAAUACCAUAUAUGCUACGUAAACUAGGAUUUAACCCAAAAACUGCGGAAAUAAAAGAGCUGUUUAGAUUAUUUCUAGAAGACGAUUUAGUGGAUACAGUGGAAUACCAUGAGUGGUUGUUUAUGAUUGAAGCUAAAAUGAAUUGGGGCGAUGACUUCGAACUAGCAGUUACAAAAGCCUUCGCCGCAUUGGCACACGACGACGAAGAAGUAGGAAUCGCUGAUUUCGAAUUAUUAAGGGAAGAGCUAACUGUUUGGGGUGAACCGUUGACAGAAAUUGAAUUUGUGGAUUGGAUUAAAUUAUCGAUUAAGGACAAAACGUACAAUCCCGAAGAUGGAACUUUUAAUUACGUGAAAUUUAUUGAAAACAUGAAUGCUAAGGAUGAGAAAUACAUUAAGGAGCCAAUAAACUUCUUUAAACUAGAUCAGAAGACAUUGGCUGAGAUGGCAAUGAAGAAAGCACAGGAAGAAAAGGCGGAACAGGAAAAGAAAGAGGCUGACCGUCGUGCGCGUGAGGAGGCAAAGAGGCAGAAGAUGAUUGCAGAUGGAUUGAUUCCACCUGAUUAA